CAGGAGGGAAUAAUGCGUAACUUAAUAUUUCCGGUUCUGUAAUUUCCUGUAGUGCUGUUUGACUUUUCAAAGAUUGUUUACAAGCAUUUUCCUUCGUAAAUGAUUCGUCGAAAUUCGUUGAAUACGCUAUUAAAAGUGAAAUUAAGCUGUAGUGGUCGGCGAAGUGAAAACCCAUUGACGUUUUUCUGAACUCAUUUCAACUGCAUUGUGUUAAAUGCGACUAGUUAUCGAUGACACACUUGUUGCGUUUAGGUUAUGGCGCUAUAAACAAAGUUACUCUGCUUGAAAAUCUAUGGUUUAAUAUAGUCGUCCUGCUUUAACCUACCUUGGGAUGGAGGUGCCCGGUAUUAGCCUAUUUCAAGGCUCGGACAGCAUCCAACUGAACACCACUGCUCACCGUCUGGAGGAAGAUGAAGAACAGGAAGACAUCAAACGCCGUAACGAGGAGAUCAAAAACAUGCUCACAAAUGCCUUUGAUGAUCUUGAGGAUGAUGAUGAAGCUAGUUCUGUCAAUAGCAGUCGCUGCUACAAUGAUGUCACCAGGGAUAGUGUGCAAAGAUCAACUUUUGAAGUAUCUCGGACUGAUAGUGGCCCUACAAUUUCUCAAAUACAGCGAGAGUUUGGAGCUUACGGACGCAUUGAUGAGACCAAUGAACGCAAUGAUCGUGUUCAAUCAACUUUUGAACAACCUGAAACAGACCGUGGUCCUUCUAUGUCUGAUAUACAGCGAGAAUAUGGCAUCUAUGGACAACCAGAGACGCCGUAUAACAAGAUUACCCAGAACAAUACAGGUCAUUCAGUGAAUAGUCCCUAUGAAUUACCAAAACCACCCAAUUCUGGUUAUCCUCAUAAUAUUCGAGAACAUUUCAAUGAAGAUUAUACAUUUCCGGAUGCCUAUCCUAAUAAUUAUCAGACACCGACUAAUCACUUCGGAAGAGGGUCUGAACACUAUCCAGAAAAUGGGUAUAUUGGUGGUUACGAAAAAAAUGGGAAGUAUGAAACGAUUCAGGAAUUUGGCGGUGGUGACAAUGAGGUAGCUUCAGACCAUUUUGAACACUGCUUUCAAACCAGUCCAAAUGGAAGGCCAGUCGACGACAACACAGCUUAUAAAACAGCAGAGUAUAACAGUAAAGAACAAUUGGAAGUUUUGUACUCGGUCAGAAUGAGAGAGAUUCAAAGGCUGAGUGAAGAAUUACGACAGAUACAAGAAGAACGAGAGAAAGAAUCAAGUCAACUCGGUAGAAAAUUAGCUCUUGCUCAGGCCGAAGUGGAAAGGUCAAAUUUGUCAAGGAAUCAGGCACAAAACUUGCUGGUUGAUGCUAAAGUCGAGAUUGCUGAUCUGCAGACUCAACUGGCCUCUCUUAAGGAGCAUGUUGCUGUGUUGGAAAAAACAAAGCAAAAUAUGUCUGAAGAGCUCAGCACCGCAAAAGGUUCAGUAGCUGAUUUGCAGCAAAAGAUAGCCAUCCUAGAGAGAGUACAAGUGCUGCAAACGACCGACAAAACACAUGAAAAAUUUUUAAAACAAGCUCAAGAGAAACAUGCAAUAGAAAUGAAAAAUAUGCAGAUCCAGAUUGAUGCUCUAACGGAAAAGUUGAAUGCCAAGGAAACCUCGUACGUGGCUCUGGAACACAAGCUAGCAGAUGUACGACGAGCGCAUGAAACUUUGAUGGUAGAAAAAGGAGAUACAAUGAACCGACUGUCUCGUGCAUUGGAAGAAAGUCAAGCUCAAUGUCGUCACUUGAUGGCAACGAACAACGGGCAGGAAGUUUCGAGACUACAAACACAACUGAAAAUUGCGACAGAAGAGAAAGAAGAACUCGUCAAAUCUGUGCAACAGCUGCAGCGGAAAUUGGAACUAGCCAAGAGCGAUAUCACACAGUAUGACUCGCUGUUAGCAACAGCGUUUGAUGAAGAAUCAGGUGCUAUGAAACAGCUGAAAGAUGGAGACUUCCACAAUAAAUCUAAAGGCAAUACUUGUGAUGACAUUACCAACAAAUUACGUGGAGAAUUACAGAGAUGCUUAGCAGGGCAAGCCGUGAAGCGGAAAGAAAUAAAUCGCCUAGAGAAUACUCUUUCGCAAAAAACACGCGAGGUUGAAAAAGCAACGUCUUUGGCUCAAACUUGUCAAGAAGAAGCGGCAAAGUCUACAAAACGUGUUCACGAAUUGGAACAGGAACUGAAAUCUCUUUUGACAGAAAAGGCUAUUCAGGCGAAUGCUGAGAUACAAAAGCUAUCUGAUCAUUUGAAUGAAACAAAAAAAUUGUGCGAAAUACUCAGUAAUGAGAAAUUGGAACUGCAACAUAAACUCGAAGAAACUUUGGCUGGAAAUGAAGAAACCUUGCGGCGGUUACAUGAGGAAAUGGUGAUAGAGAAAGAAAAGGAAGCCAUCGGAGAGUACAACAAAGAAUACUUAGAAAUUCAUGAAAAGGCUGUACAAAGGGUCAGGCAGGAAGCACAGGCCGAAAUAGUUCAGUUGACAGUUCAGUUGGAACAGACUCAAAAGGAAUUGGAUCGAGUGAAGGAACUAUAUGUAGAUGUUUGCGGAACAAAAGAACAGCUAAUAGCUCAACAUAAUGAAGAGAUUGCGGAAUUGAAAAACAGGUACGCGGACUUGGAAGCUCGUAAGGCAGAAAUGGAUAAGAUGAGGGAGGAUUUCGAAACCCGAGCAUCCGUCAUACAGAGGCUAACAAAAGAGUGUGAAGUACAAAGGAGUAAAAUCGUAGAACUAGACAAAGAGCUGAGUUACGAGAGGCAGAAAAGAGAGGAUCAUACCAAAAAGAUACACAUUGAAAUCGAACGAGCAAAAGAGGAAGCGCUGAAAGAACUGAGAAGCACUAAUCCGAAUCGCAGCAUAAGUGUCAUUUUGCCGGACCACUGUUCUGAGCAUUUAGAUAAAAUCACGCAGCUCGAGGAGGACUGUAAACGUUUAGAAGAAAAACUUUCAAAGGCUGUCGAUGACCGGAAAAAAAUGUCAACGCUGCAAUCAGAGUUGGAUGAUGCUAGAUUGAAAAUUGCUCAAGUUGAAAUUGCGCAUGAAUUUUUGAAAAAAAAGUCUGAAGAUCUCACGAAAGAACGUGACUCCUACAGAGCCAAGUUGUCCGAAUUGAAGUCAGAGUUGUCUAAUGCCAAGAGAAAUAAAGUAAAAAAAUCUGAAGAACUCGAAGAUGUAGGCCCCAGAAUUACAUAUCUUGAGGCUGAACACGAAUCGUUACAAAAGCGGUAUAAUGAUGUUUUAAGUGAUAGAAAUAUGUGCGAAAAAAAAAUAUCUAGUUUAGAAGUAGAAUUAUCUGAAUUAAAAGAAACAAUAUCGAAUGUUGAAAAUAAACCGAGAGAUAGUGGGGAUCAUUCGACAUCUAUAGAUAAAAUUGAAGAGCUGGAGAAAGAGCUGAUACGGUACAAAGCAACGGCGGCAAGGUUAUCAAAUAAAUUGAGUGAAUUGCAACAGGAUAAAGGUAGCGACUCGAUGUUGCAAGAGCGGGUAAAAUUUUUGGAACAUGAAUUGCGGCAUAAGGAAGAGCAGCUGCUACGAUUGAAAGAUAUCGAUGCGCUCAAAGAGGAGAGAGAUCGUCUGGUGGCCAAACUGAAGGAUCAGGCUAGGCAAUUCGAAAGAUAUGUCAAGAGUCAAACUCAGGUAUCUGCGGAAUUAAAUGGGUCUUCUCAUAGCGACGUCGAUUUACAGAAAAUAAAAGAAAUUGCCAUAAAAGAGGUGCGUGAAGAAAUGGAAGAGAAGGUUACCGACGAACUGAAGGGAAUUGAAGAACAGCAUAAGCAGAGGCAAAAAGAAAUAGAAGAGAAGUAUAAAAGUCUUGUGUUGGAAUUACAGACAAGGUGUAAAGAAAAGACUGAAGAAGUCGAGACCAUAAGGGAAGCUAUGAUGGCAGAAAGACUGGAAUUACAAGCUUCAUUUAAGGCCCAAGAACAGGCCAUUGCAAAAAUGAUAGAGGCAAAGUUGGAAAAAAUGCACCAUGAACUCGUGGCGCGGAAACUAAAGAUAGAAGCAUUGCAAGAAGAAUUCAAGAGGAGGGAAAUUGAUAUGGAAGAACAGAGAAACGUAAUGGCACAAGUGAUGUCAGAAUGGGCAGCAGAAAUCAGAUCGAUUAAAGCCAAGGAAGCAGAAAUGAAUGAUGAGAUGGAAAAGCUCAAAGCAAAAGAGGCAAGCUUACAGAAGGAACUUGAAAAUUCAAAGGAAAGCGAGAAGGAGAUGAAAAGUAAUAUCGAUAUGUUGAAACAUAAGUAUCAUUCAGCCAAAAAGACUGCUCAAAACUAUAAGGAACACGCGGAGAAUAAAGAGAAAUUUCUUUUGAGUGAAUGCAAGCGUAUUGAAGAGGGUUACAAAAGAGCCAUGAAUCAAGUACAACAAAAAGUUGAGGUGAUCUUGAGUACUCAAGAGGAACAGGUGGCCACAAAAAUGACAGAGCUCGAAAGUCAGUACGAAGAACAAUUAGAACAAAUGAGACUUAAAAUGAAGUACAAAAAUAAAUGUUGAAGUAUGUAUUAAUAAUUUCAUUUACCUCUGAUAGAGCUUUUGUAGUAUAGGAUAAAUUGUAGUUAGAAGAGGCUAAUUAUUAUUCUUGUUUAAUUUAAAGCACUUUAU